GGGAGGGAGAAAGCGCCCGCCAGGCUCCCUGCAAAGCGGCCUUAUUUAUCUGGGCACAGCCUCAGCCUCCCCGGUGGGAGGCUUGGGGCGGCUGAUCCUCUCCCACGGGGGAGCUCCUCUCUGGGUGCGGCCGAGGUGGCCGGCCAGGCCGGGGCACCGGGCGCGGGGUGCGGCCGGGCCCUGCUGGCCAGGCCAGCACCUCUGCCGCCUUCCCGCUUCGCCAGCGCCCAUGCCGGGCUCCCCAUGACGGGAGGACGCCUGGCAAACAGCGUGGCAUGAACCAGGAGCCCGGGCCGAGGUAAGGGCACUUGAGCGAGUCCUGUCUCCCACUGAUGAGAAGAAAACAAGUGGACCUGAGGUUGGGGGACCUGGCGCCCUCGAAAGAGCUGGGCCCAGGCCCAGGAAGGCCUGCACUGCUGAAAGCCAGCGAGACAUCUCACCCCGAGAGUGACGGAGGAAGAUGUCCAGCCCCGGAGUCAACGGCGACCCCAAGCCCCCAUGCUUGCCUCGAAAUGGCCUGGUGAAGUUGCCAGGCCAGCCCAAUGGCCUGGGUGCAGCUAGUAUCACCAAGGGCACGCCGGCUGCCAGGAACCGCCCCUGCCAGCCGCUGCCCCCACCCACUCUCCCACCACCCAGCCUGGCUGCCCCACUGCCCCGGGCUGCCCUGGCUGGGGGCCUGUGCCCCACAGCAGGGAUCCCCCUUGGUGGACCACCCUCCGCCCCGGCACCUGGGCCCCCAGUGGAGCGGCCGCCGCUGGCCACAGAUGAAAAGAUCCUCAAUGGCCUCUUCUGGUACUUCUCGGCCUGUGAGAAGUGUGUGCUGGCCCAGGUAUGCAAGGCCUGGAGACGCGUGCUCUACCAGCCGAAGUUCUGGGCAGGCCUCACGCCCGUGCUGCAUGCCAAGGAGCUCUACAACGUGCUGCCUGGUGGUGAGAAGGAGUUCGUGAACCUGCAGGGCUUUGCUGCUCGUGGCUUUGAGGGCUUCUGCCUAGUUGGAGUGUCUGACCUGGAUAUCUGUGAGUUCAUCGACAACUAUGCCCUGUCCAAGAAGGGCGUCAAGGCCAUGAGCCUCAAACGUUCCACCAUCACAGAUGCUGGCCUGGAGGUGAUGCUGGAGCAGAUGCAAGGCGUCGUGCGCCUCGAGCUGUCCGGCUGCAAUGACUUCACUGAGGCCGGGCUGUGGUCCAGCCUGAGUGCGCGCAUCACCUCGCUGAGCGUGAGUGACUGCAUCAACGUGGCCGAUGACGCCAUCGCGGCCAUCUCACAGCUGCUUCCCAACCUGGCUGAGCUGAGCUUGCAGGCCUACCAUGUGACGGACACGGCGCUGGCCUACUUCACUGCUCGCCAGGGCCACAGCACGCACACGCUGCGCCUGCUCUCCUGUUGGGAGAUCACCAACCAUGGUGUGGUCAACGUGGUGCACAGCCUGCCCAACCUCACGGCGCUCAGCCUCUCUGGCUGCUCUAAGGUCACAGAUGAUGGUGUGGAGCUUGUGGCCGAGAACCUGCGCAAGCUACGCAGCCUUGACCUCUCAUGGUGCCCCCGCAUCACUGACAUGGCUCUGGAGUACGUGGCGUGCGACCUGCACCGCCUGGAGGAGCUGGUGCUGGACAGGUGUGUACGCAUCACGGACACUGGCCUCAGCUAUUUAUCCACCAUGUCGUCCCUCCGCAGCCUCUACCUGCGAUGGUGCUGCCAGGUGCAGGACUUCGGGCUGAAGCACCUCCUGGCCAUGAGGAGUUUGCGUCUCCUGUCUCUGGCAGGAUGCCCACUGCUGACCACAACCGGGCUGUCGGGCCUGGUGCAGCUGCAGGAGCUGGAGGAACUGGAGCUGACUAACUGCCCCGGGGCCACCCCCGAACUCUUCAAGUACUUCUCACAGCACCUGCCCCGCUGCCUCGUCAUCGAGUAGCGCGGGAUCUCCUCGCCCCCGUCGCAGGAACCUGCCAGGCUCUGGGCGGGGACCCGAGGGCGCCACUGAGCCCCCUCUCUCCGCACCCUCUAGUCUAGCGCGGGAGGGCGGAGCGAACCGCGGGAAAGCCCAGCCCUGCGCCCGCUCCUCUCCUGGCCGCGCCCAGGCAGGGAGGGGCGACGGGCGGUGCCCGCCCCACGCACGCACGCACACUCGGGGAUUUGUGCAUGCCCCUCGUGCCCGCCCUGCACGCCCGCCCGCCCCGCCGCAGCCACCUCCCAUGAUUCGCCUGCCUGCUGGGAGGGUGGGGGGCCGGGUCUGAUCUUGGAGGGCGCUUUAAGCUCGUCAGACAGCCGUCCCUACCGCCUUCCCUGCCACACCCCGCUGUCUCCCUGUUGUUCCCCCCCGUCUCGGGCAGGGCCCAGGGGGAUGGAGGGGGGCUGGGUCCCCCAGGACACAGGGGCCUGGGAGAACCCCAUAGGCUGCCUUCAUCUUCCACCGCGCGGCGCCUGGAGCCCUCCAGAGGGUACAAGGGGAAACAGGCCUCCGCCAAAGCCAUGGCCCACCGAGGAGCCCAAGUUCCACCCGCCCUUCCACCUCAUGCCAGCCUGACCCAAACGAUCUCCCCUCUUCCUUGCCACUGUGUGAGACAGACCCCUGCUCGCCCCACCCCCACCCGCAGGCCUGCAAGUCCUUGGGCCCUGGCUAGACUGGGGCUGAAUUUGGUUGGGAGAGAGGCAGAGUGGGUAACAAUAACCUUGGCAUAAUCAACGUAUCCAGUCCAUCUCAGUGCAGAGGUGGUAUACCUACCUUGAAAGACCCCAAGCUGGAGUGACACUUAGGGCCCACUUAAGGCCUUGGGAGAAAUCCUGGGUGACCCUACACUGCAGCCCCUGUAGCCGUCUGGGCCCAGGCCCCUCAGCACCAUAUUUUACCCUGGGCAGUUCUGUCAAGGUAGAAGCUAGUAAAGUGGGCCCUGGCCAAGGCUCAGGGUCAACAGCAGCCAGUGACUUAAUCUUCCAGUGGCCAGCACAUCCUUAGCGCUCAGAACAGGGAGGGCUCCUUUCUAGCCACCCCCACCCCCACCCCCUCUCCAGCUUCCUAAACCUGCUUGCCCAAAUGGGCUCUGACCAUGUUCUGCCCUAUCCCAAGACUUGGAAGUCCUAGGGGAUGCUGGCACAUCUUGGCAAUUGCUGAGGAGGGGGCUGGGACCCCUUUCCACCCAACCUUGAGCCCCAGGAGAUACAGUGCCCACAUCUAAUCUUGGGACACCCCCACCCCCAUCUGGUUGGAAGAAAGUAACCAGUUUCCAGAGAGAGAGAGAGAGAGAGAGUGAGAGAGAGAUGCCAUUGAAGCAGAGAAACAGUUCAACAGCCCAAAGAUCUCUCUGCCCCUGGAGUGCCCACAGGAGACUCCUGGGCUGAAGUGGUCAGGAGCCAGUUUCUUCAGCCCUCCCCACAGCUCCUUAGUGAGGAGGUGGCAGCUGUCCAUUUGUCCAAAGUAUUAAUGCAACUGAAGCUGUGAUAUUUCCAACGACUGUAGGAGGAAAAAAUUAAGGGGAAAGAGGAAAACAAAACCAACCAACCCCUAAAAUCAUUUUCUUAUUGUACAUAACGACCUCAUUCUCCUGUAUAUGCGGAAGAUAUAACCUUAUAUUUGGUAAGUGUUUCUUGUGCUAUUUUAUCAUGU